CCAAGCAGCUGCAGUUCCCAUCUCAGUCAGCAUCUAGCACGGCCGCUGGUGCCUCCACAGAACACCUCCCGAGCGCUGCCUGUGGCUGACUGAGGCGAGGCACCAACAACACAGGGACUCCCCAACCACAGGCCUGACUCAGGCCCCAGGGUUGAGUCUUGCCUCCUGCCCUGACCCUCCUGGAGAAGUGACCCCUAAGACAAGUGACUGAGCACCGGGGCAGCCUCUUUCUAUGCCUCCGUCUGGCUUUGGCUGGCUGUGGGGACGAGCUGUGCGGGGCUGCCUGGGUCUCAGUGCAGUGACAGCGGCCAGCUCUUCGGUCACCAUGGGGAAUGCCCGGAACUGAGCAGACCCGCGCUUCUGCGGCCUCCGCGGGGGGCGCUCAGAUCAGAAUGGAGAACAAAGCCAUGUACCUGCACACGGUGAGCGACCGGGACACCAACUCCAUCUUUGAGGAGCCCUUUGACGGCAGGAGCCUGUCCAAGCUGAACCUGUGUGAGGACGGUCCAUGCCACAAGCGACGAACAGGAGGCUGCUGCACCCAGCUGGGCUCCCUGUCAGCCCUGAAGCAUGCUGUCCUCGGGCUCUACCUUCUGGUCUUCCUGAUUCUUGUGGGCAUCUUCAUCUUAGCAGUGUCCAGGCCCCGGAGCUCCCCGGACGACCUGAAGGCGCUGACUCGGAACGUGAACCGGCUGAAUGAGAGCUUCCGGGACUUGCAGCUGCGGCUGCUGCAGGCGCCGCUGCAGGCGGACCUGACGGAGCAGGUGUGGAAAGCCCAGGACGCGCUGCAGAACCAGUCGGACUCGCUGCUGGUGCUGGUGGGCGCGGUGCAGCGGCUGGAGGGCGCGCUCUGGGGGCUGCAGGCGCAGGCGGCCCAGACGGAGCAGGCGGUGGCCCUGCUGCGGGACCGCACAGGCCAGCAGAGCGACGCGGCGCAACUGGAGCUGUACCAGCUGCAAGUGGAGAGCAACCGCAGCCAGCUGCUGUUGCGGCGCCACGCCGGCCUGCUCGACGGGCUGGCGCGCAGGGUGGGCGUCCUGGGCGAGGAGCUGGCCGACGUGGGCAGCGCGCUACGCGGCCUCAACCACAGCCUGUCCUAUGACGUGGCCCUGCACGCCACGCGGCUGCAGGACCUGCACGUGCUGGUGAGCAACGCCAGCGAGGACACCCGCCGCCUGCGGCUGGUGCACAGGGGCAUGGAGCUGCAGCUCAAGCAGGAGCUGGCCCUGCUCAACACGGUCACCGAGGACCUGCGCCUCAAGGACUGGGAGCAUUCCAUCGCGCUGAGGAACAUCUCCCUCGCCAAAGGACCACCGGGCCCCAAAGGUGAUCCAGGAGAUGAAGGGAAGGAAGGAGAGCCUGGGAUCCCUGGAUUACCUGGACUUCGAGGUCUGCCAGGGGAGAGAGGCACCCCAGGACUGCCAGGCCCCAAGGGCGAUGAUGGGAAGAUGGGAGCCACAGGACCCAUGGGCAUACGUGGGUUCAAAGGUGACCGAGGCCCAAAAGGAGAGAAAGGAGACAAAGGGGACAGAGCAGGGGAUGCUGCAGGUAGCGUGGAAGCCGUGAUGAUCCGGCUGGUGAAUGGCUCUGGGCCACACGAGGGCCGCGUGGAGGUGUACCACGAGCGGCGCUGGGGCACCGUGUGCGAUGACGGCUGGGACAAGAAGGACGGCGACGUGGUAUGCCGCAUGCUGGGCUUCCGUGGUGUGGAGGAGGUGUACAGGACAGCUCGGUUUGGGCAAGGCACAGGGAGGAUUUGGAUGGAUGACGUCGCCUGCAAGGGCACGGAAGAUUCCCUCUUCCGCUGCAGUUUCUCCAAAUGGGGGGUGACAAACUGCGGGCACGCUGAGGAUGCUGGGGUGACGUGCAACAGACACUGAGAGUGGGCGUGGUCCACGGUUGGGCCUUGCUGCCGAGCCUCCUUCCUGCAUUCCUGGGGCGGAGUCAUCACUUGGGACCUCAUCUCUGCUCUCCCCAGCCUGGCAAUCCCCGGACCCCCAUAUCCCUGUCCCAGGACCAUGGUGGCCUGUCGUCCUUCUCCUCUUGGACAUUAGCUGCAAAGUGCAACUCUGGGAUCUACUGCCUGUCUCUCCCUUCUACCAGGGUCCCUGCCUGUGAUGCCCUGGUCAACUGGACAGUCAUUUUGCCCAGCCUUCCCAGCACCAUGCAUCCACCGAUACCCAUGCUCGCCUUUGGUCUGUCACUUCAAGGCUGAGAGUCUGCUGGAGAGAAAUUCAGCAGGUGGAGACAGGAGGGAGGCCCAACAGGUCAUUUACUCUUCAGAGUAAUUCCCUUAGUUAGGCCAAGAGUUUCAACAUCUUCCUUCCCAGCAAGAGACUAUACCAAAUGAUUCAUUCUUUCCUCUUUGCCUCUGCACACCAUUGGUUAGUUCAGGAAGUGACAGAGAGGACGUGCCCUCACGUAGGAGGGAGAGGGAAAUGACAGCCUCUGCAGGAGACAGCCUGGCUUUGGAGAAGGGCAGUGACACUGACAUCCACGGAGUGACUAUUGCGCAUACUACAUAGUAUCUUGGGUGCUAAAUUCAUUUAUCCACUUUGCAGCAUUCCCACAAGGUUUGUUAGCUGGGGUAAGACCUUACCUCUAGGUAGCACUUAGCUGACCCGUUCACCUGGCCAGUAAGCUGGAAGAUUGAGAAUGACUAUAACCAUUGUUUCUACCUGAAUGCUAGCAUGUCUUUACUAGGCUUGAGCAGGGAGCUCGGGGUGUAAGGCAUGUGGGACAACAGGGUUCUAUACUCCAAACCUACAGAGUAUAAUAUCAGACAUGGACUGGCUUCCAGGCCAACUGCUGACCUAGGAGGAAGGUUUAUUUGGAGGGUGACAUGGGGGCUGUCUGGGUUAAACUGAGACCAAUACUCAGCCUUCUGGCAGUCAGGGUUAAGGCCAAGUUACUUGAGUCUCGGAGCUGUUUGGAGGCGAUGGUAUUGAAGCUUCCAGGAUGCUUUGGGUGUGCUCCUGUGAUCAGGACACAUGUCCUAGUGGAUCCUGUAGGGAGAUGGGGAUUCCCUAUCACCUCUUGCAGAAGAAGGAGCCAUUGGGCUCUGCUAGUCCUCAAUCGGCUCUAUUCUCCUAGUGACAGGGAGAUCAUAUUCUGCUUCUGACAUGAGGAGGAGGUCAAAGCAAGCCAUAUACAUGUUCUAGGACUAGAGAAGUUACAUGGUAGUAAGUGGGCACAGACUCACCUCCCUUGGGGUGUCACAGACUGAGGCAGGCCUUAGAUACACAAAUACCUGUCACAUGGGGUGAGCAUCAGCUUGGCUGGGGAAAGUGACACCUGGGAUCCUCCAGGUGUAGGACCAGCAAAGUUCCUGGCUGACAACUAAACCAAUAUGUGCUAUUGGUGGUUUUUUGCUUACAAUAUGCUUGUUAUCCAUUAAUGUCCUAAUGAUCAGAGACUCUCCUGAUCAAUUGCUAUGUUUACAUAACACGCAUGUAUUCAUGCAUCUUUUUCCAGAACCAAUAUAUGUAUGCAUAUAUAAACACGGCACUCUUUACUACAUAGCUCAGAGCAUUACAAAGUUUGCAUUUAAAAAAAAAAAAUACUGAAGGUAGAAAGAUGUCACGUUGAACAAAAUAAAUUCCAAUUCAGUUCUGGCAAAGAAUCCAGUUAUCCCAUCAAUGAAGACCCAUAAAACUUUCUUACUUGGUCUUUUCAUUUGCGGAAACACAAGUCUCGUUUUACAUCAAAUAAAAAUCACAAAGAUAAGUGUUUGAACCUUAAUCGAAAAGUCUACUAGUUUACAUAUUUACUUAAAAGGACAUGGAAAUAACCAUGGACCUGGAUUUCAGGGACUAAAAGAAAUUAGGCCUGGCCUAAAAUACAUAAGACCUUUUGUAAGAAAGAAUUUCAAUAAAGCUAAGAACAUGUCACUAACAA